AUGUCAAUGAUAAUUGCUCAAACUCCUAAAACUUAUUUCGGUUCCGACAUUCAAAAAUCAUUAGGUUCUCUUCCCGGAUUUCAAUGGGCAAAAUACCCCGGAGAAAAAAAUCUUCCAGGUCAUAAUUACACUGGUCCAGGUACAAGGUUAGAUCUGCGAUUAGACCAACAUGAUAAACCAAAACAAGGUGAAGAACCCGUUAAUAGAGUUGACGCAGAUGCACUUAAACACGACAUAUUAUACAGAAAUAAAGACAUAACAUCCAGACACGAAGCAGACAGACAAAUGAUAAUCGAACUUGAAAAUAUUCCAAAUCCAACUUUCAAAGAGAGAAUUCAAAGAGCAUUAAUCAUUAAACUCUUGAAAGCAAAAAUGAAAAUGGUAAAUAAAGAACAUUUAAAAGAAAGAAUAGCCGAUGUGAAAAGAUACUUCAAACGACAAAUAAAUAAUAAAGAUUUUAUUGAUGAUACUAAGUUACAACAAGAAGUAACAAGUUUGAAAAGUUUUAUUGAAGAAAAAUUACUUAAUGUUGUAGAUAAAACUCAAUUACAACCUUUAAGUUCAUUAAUUUCUAAUUUAGAUGAUAGGUUUACAAAACAAAAAAUAGAUCUUAAACAACUAAUAGCCAAUAUUAAUCCAGGUAUGAAUGAAGAUGAAUUAGCCGCAUUAGAAAGCAAACUCAAUGAUAAUAGUGAAAUAGAUGCUAUUAAACAACAACUUCUAAAUGUAGUAGAUAAAACUCAAUUUCAAAAUUUAAAAUCAUUAAUAUCUAAUUUAAAUGAUAAGUUUACAAAGCAAAAGAUAGAUCUUAAACAAUUAAUAGAUAAUAUUAAACCAGGUAUAAGUGAAGAAAAAUUAACUGAAUUAGAAACUAAACUUAAUGAUAAUAGUGAAAUAGCCACUAUUCAAAAACAAUUACUCAAUCUAGUAGAUAAAAUUCAAUUAGAAAAUUUAAAAUCAUUAAUAUCUAAAUUAGAUGAUAAGAUAGGAAAACAAAAAAUAUACCUUAAACAACUAAUAGAUAAUAUUAAACUAGGCAAACUGCUCUAG